UCACUUUCAGCUGUGACUCGGCGGCAAACAUGAGCUACAAUUCUUCCUCCUACCGGAAGAUUUUCGGAGAUUCCAGCAGGUUCUCCGCCUCCUCCUCCUCCUCCCGUAUGGGCAGCGCCGUGCCUCGGACCUCCGCGGGGCUCAGGUCCAUGGCGGUGUCCCGCAGCGGCAGCACCUCCGUGGGCACGUACAGGAGGAUGGUCCACCCGCAGACCACCUUCUCUCUCACGGCCUCAGACUCCCUGGACUUGAGCCACACCUCCGUGGUCAACAACGAACUGAAAGUCAUCAGAACCAACGAGAAGGAGCAGCUGCAGGGUCUGAAUGACCGCUUCGCCAUGUUCAUUGAUAAAGUUCGACACCUGGAGCAGCAGAAUAAAGUACUGGAGUCCGAGCUGGUGACGCUGCGGCAGAGGCAGAGCGAGCCGUCGCGGGUGGCUCGUCUCUAUCAGCAGGAGAUGAGGGACUUGCGGUCCCAGCUGGACGAACUGAACAGGGAUAACAGCCACAUCCUGAUCCAGAGGAACAACAUGGAGGAAGAGCUGCAGAAACUCAAUGCAAAGUAUGAGGAGGAGUUCAGAGUACGGGAGGAGACGGAACAAACCUUGAGGUCCUUCAGGAAAGACGUGGAUGAUGCUGUGGCGGUUCGUUUAGAUCUGGAGCGCCGAGUCGAAUCGCUGAUGGAUGAAAUCUCCUUCCUGAACAAAGUCCACGAAGAGGAAAUCCAGGAGCUGAGCAGCUUGAUGGACGCGCAGCAGGUCUCGGUGGAACUGGAACUUGCCAAACCGGAUCUCACCUCGGCCCUGAAAGAGAUCCGCAACCAGUACGAGUGCAUCGCCUCCAAAAACCUGCAGUCAGCUGAGGAGUGGUACAAGACCAAGUUUGCCAGCCUCAGUGAACAGGCCACUCGGAGCAACGAGGCCAUGCGGGCCAGCAGGGAGGAGAUGAAUGAGUUCAGGAGGCAGCUGCAGGCCAAGACCCUGGAGAUUGAGACCCUGAGGGGUGCAAACGAGUCACUGGAGAGGCAGAUCGCCGAGAUGGAGGAUGCUCACAAUGCUGAAGUUACCGCAAUGCAGGACACCAUCGGUCAACUGGACACCGAGCUGAGGAACCUAAAGGGGGAGAUGGCACAGCAUCUGAGAGAGUACCAAGACCUGCUCAAUGUGAAGAUGGCUCUGGACAUUGAGAUAGCUGCUUAUAGGAAGCUGCUGGAAGGGGAGGAGACUCACUUCAACUCAGGGAUGUCAUUCGGAGCUUCAGCAUACAGCUACCAGGCCCGAGCCCCAGCCAGCUCCUCCAGAAGCGGCCAGCGAGACAAAGACGGAGCCAAGAAGGAAAGCCUCAAGGAGGAGGAGAAGGACGAAGCAGACAUCAACUCCAACAACUGAAGACGCAGACGCAGUCGGGGAAGGCGACAAAUAGAAAAUACAGGAAGUCAUAGUAGUCAAAAUGAUGUGUGGAAGAGUCCAUAGAAUUAUUACAACUCAUGAUUUUGGAGUGAGCACUUGAUAAGAAUAUGUUUUUGAGUCCCACGGUGCAGACGUCUGAAGCUUCCAGAACCUUUUUGGACUCUCAAAUGUAUCAAGAUGUCAAAAAUGAUCUGUAAAAGUUCAGGUGAUUCAGGAAAUCAACCUUUGAUGGCCACAAAACGUGCUUGUCAACUCAACCGGUGGCGUCCCGUAACAAUAUUAUUAUAUAUAAUAUAAUAUAUUGUAAUAUAAUAAGCUUUGACUCAACAAAUGAAAUGACAAUUUAAAUCAAUUUUGUUUCCCAUAUUAUGACUUUUACAAAAAUCAUAACAAUAUUCAACUGAAAUGAUAGCAAAGUAACUUUUUUCUUGUAAUAUUUUGACUUAAUUGCAAUUACAACAUUUUUUCAAUUUUUCGCAAUUUCAACAAUUUUCUUGUAAUUAUAACUUUGCACAUAUGUUGACUUUAUUCCCAUAAUAUUGUAAUUUUUUUCCCCAUAACUCGUUUUCCAAAAAUGACAUUUUUUUCCUUCCCAUAUUAUGACCAUUUAAAAAACUAUUUUACUAUGACAGCAGGUUUUUUUCAUUUUCUGCUGUUGUUUUUCUUUUUUUUACAAGUAUUUUAACUUUUUUUUUUAAGCAAUUAUUACUUUCUUCACAUAUUUGGUCUUUAUUCUCUAUUUUCUGCAACCUGAUUUUCCAAAAAUGUCAAAUUUUUGUUUUGUUCAUGAUUUUAAAAAAGUUUAUAUUUACACAUUGUUGCUAAAAUGACAUUUUUUCCUUCCCAUAUUAUGACCAUUUAAAAAACAUGUUUUACUAUGACAGCAGUUUUUUUUUCAUUUUCUGCUGUUGUUUUUCUUUUUUUUUUUACAAGUAUUUUAACUUUUUUUUUAAGUAAUUAUUACUUUCUUCACAUAUUUGGUCUUUAUUCUCUAUUUUCUGCAACCUAAUUUUACAAAAAUGUCAAAUUUCUGUUUUGUUCAUGAUUUUAAAUAAGUUUAUAUUUACACAUUGUUACUAAAAUUACAUUUUUUCCUUCCCAUAUUAUGACCAUUUAAAAACAUGUUUUACUAUGACAGCAGUUUUUUUUUCAUUUUCUGCUGUUUUUCUUUUCUUUUUUUUUUUACAAGUAUUUUAACUUUUUUUUUUUUAAAGUAAUUAUUACUUUCUUCACAUAUUUGGUCUUUAUUCUCUAUUUUCUGCAACCUGAUUUCCCAAAAAUGUAAAAUUUUUGUUUUGUUCAUGAUUUUAAAAAAGUUUAUAUUUAAACAUUGUUGCUAAAAUGACAUUUUUUCCUUCCCAUAGUAUGACCAUUUAAAAAACAUGUUUUACUAUGACAGCAGUUUUUUUUCCAUUUUCUGCUGUUGUUUUUCUUUUUUUUACAAGUAUUGUAACUUUUUUUUUAAAGUAAUUAUUACUUUCUUCACAUAUUUGGUCUUUAUUCUCUAUUUUCUGCAACCUAAUUUUCCAAAAAUGUAAAUUUUUGUUUUGUUCAUGAUUUUAAAAAAGUUUAUAUUUAAACAUUGUUGCUAAAAUGACAUUUUUCCUUCCCAUAUUAUGACCAUUUAAAAACAUGUUUUACUAUGACAGCAGUUUUUUUUUCAUUUUCUGCUGUUGUUUUUCUUUUUUUUUUUACAAGUAUUUUAACUUUUUUUUUAAGUAAUUAUUACUUUCUUCACAUAUUUGGUCUUUAUUCUCUAUUUUCUGCAACCUAAUUUCCCAAAAAUGUCAAAUUUUUGUUUUAUUCAUGAUUUUAAAAAAAGUUUUUUGUAAACAAUGUUGCUAAAAUGACAUUUUCCUCCUCAUUACUUAUAGCCUUCCUCCUAAUAUUUUGACUUACAACCCAUCUUUCCAAAAAUGACAACUGAUUUUAUUUUUGAUAAUUUCCCCAUUUACAAAAAAUAUAAUUAUUCUUUAUGCAACUUUUAAAAUUUUACAAUGAUUAUAUUUUACAUAGCAUCCAUGUUGCACUGUGGGCACCCCUGGCCUAAAUGAGUUGACUUUCACGUUAGUGCAUAGUCUUUAAUCUUUAUUGUGGGGCGAGCUAGACUGUGUGUGCCUGCCUGCUGUGUUGGGCUAACAUUACCGUACCUGUGAAACCUUUGUUAGAAGUGGCUGUGAAAAUAUAUGUACUGUAUGUACUGUAUCAAGCAGAUACAUAUGUAUGUAGGCCAUAUCUUUAGGCAUCAGUGUCCCCCCCCCCACCCCGUACCAAGUCAUUUGCUCCGACUGGUGGAAUGAAUCGAAUAAAAAGAUGAAUACAAA